GGGGGCGGGGCAAAGUGAUGAAUCAUCACAGUUCUACCUCUGCUUUGCCUGGGCUCUGAUUGGGCCUCGGGAGAGUCACGUGGCGCGGCGGCGCGGCUGCUCUUUCCCGCCUGCAGCCGCGCGCUCGCUCGCAGAACGUACAUGGAAUUUACUGCUUCUGUCAGGUUGAGAUUGCCAUUAUUUCUUGAUCAAACUAAUGUCAAAGCAGUAUUCAAGUGGCAGUAUCUUUGAUUAAAAGAAGUGAUUAUGCACCGAAGACAGAAAGGUUCAAAUAUUGGACUAUUUCUGCUACUUUCUCAGAUUUUCCAAGUUGGAGUUUCUAACAUUCCACCUGUGACACUUGCCGCUUUGGCAGCAAACGUUUGUCUCUUUUUACAACCCGUGAAACGACUGGACAAAACAUGCAUCAGUGUCACCGAGUGUCUUUACAGAAGAGAUUGGCAUCGUUUGUAUCUUUCACCAUUUCACCAUGUGGAUGAUUGGCAUCUAUAUUUUAAUAUGGUCUCCCUGCUUUGGAAAGGAAUUAAGUUGGAGAGGAGGCUUGGAAGUUUUUGGUUUGGAUAUAUCAUUACAAUAUUUUCUCUGCUAAUUGGAGUUGUGUACAUGCUUCUGGAACUUGCUCUUGCAGAACUUCUGGAUGUUCCUUCAUACAAACAGAGUUGUGCUGUUGGCUUUUCAGGAGUAUUAUUUGCUUUGAAAGUUCUUAACAACUGCUAUCACCCAGGUGGGUCAAGCAACGUCAUGGGAUUUAUUAUAUCCAAUAAGUAUGCUUGUUGGUUGGAACUUGUAGCAAUUCACUUACUGAACCCAGGGACCUCUUUUGCAGGGCAUCUGGCAGGUAUUCUUGUUGGGCUAAUGUACACCAUGGGACCUCUGAAGAUGCUCAUGAAAGCAUGCUCAGGUGGCUUUCGCUCUCAAACUGACUUUUCAGAACAAAGAAACAGAUACAAUUCAGAGAAUUUUAGAUACUCAGGUUACCCAUCGCACUCAUCGAGAGAUUACAGCAUGUAUACUGGUGGACUGAAUGAAGAAGAACAGGUUGAAAGGGCCCUCAGAAAUAGUCUGAAUGAUAGAGAAAUAAGUUGUUGGCAACCCAGAAGAAAACAUCCUAGACAGAAAGCAGUCUAUUUACAGGCCCAAGACAUUACGGCAAUGAGAGGAGACCCUACGGCUUCUGGCUUCCACCGGAAGAGCCAUCAGUUGAGGAACUUAGAAGGCAAAGACUUAAUCGAUUUGAGAGGUGGUAAAAUUCUCAGGUCUCUAAAAUAUAUAAAGGGCUCUUCCCAGUUGCCAGAGCACUGUCCGAUCUUUAUCAGUUUAGCAGUUUCUCAGAAAAUAAUGUUUCCUGCAAAUUAUCGUACCCAGGUGUGUGGAAAAUGUGCACUUGCUUUGCCUCUGGGCUUCCAAAGUUAAAAGUGAAGUUGAAAAAGUUUCUUUAAACCCUUACACCCUGCAAGGUACUUCCUUUUAGGGUUACCUUCAAAGACACUGCAGACAAAACCAAAGGGGAUUUCUCGCGCCACAAAACUCUGUUCUUAAAUUAUAUUGUAUUUGGGUUUAUUUUCUUUAACUCUGAUAAUCAUUUGCUUGUGUUUUGAAUAUAUACUGUGUGGAUGCAAAUGUAUAAUGAAAACGUUUAUUUUCUAUUUGGAAUCCCUAAAAAAAAUUCUGAGUACAAUUGACUUGGAAUAUCUGUGCAAGCACAAUUGAAAUGAAAGGGAAGAGAGAUGUGCAGGAACUAUACGUGGGCAGCACCCAUUCACUUGAGUGAGAUGGGCUUGUGGCACGCUUUUCAUUGUUGGAUAAUGCUGAGUCUUGCUUUACAUUGAGCUCACUAUGGAAGCUUCUGCCAGCUGCUUCUCUGCACAGAAUUUACGUCUCAAAUGCUCUGGAACAGAAUUUGAUGUGCCUCAGAAAAGUUCAAGAUACAGUUUAGGGCUUCUAGAUAACAGCUUUUAUUUGGCUGGGAUAUGCCCUCUUUAGAUCUGCUGAUUGGUUAAACCCAUCCAUAUUGUUUUCAGUAUAAUUUAAGAACUAAACAUUAUGGUGUGUAAAAAGAAGCUCCUGGCAGCCGUUCUGCAGUGCCUUUGGGCACAGUUGUGUGCUAGUGAUGUAUCUUUUUUAGGUAAUAAAGUGACACUCAGUGUAUAAAUAUAUUAAUGUACUAACACUUAAAUCUUUUUGUACACGAGAGGCCUGAACUUUGUAUAUUUUUCAAAGCCCAAGUAGGAGAACUUUCGUUGCCUUCAAUCUUUUCAGUAUUAUUCAUAGCAUAUUUAGAUUCAUGCUGUAAGUUUUGAUUAUUUGUAUUCGAAUGUGAGUUUACUUACUGACUGGGUUCUGUGUUUUUGAAGCAUUGACACAACUACCUCUCCAAGGAGUUUUGUCCAGGAUCUCCCUCUCCCUCUCCCUUUCUAUUCCUCCCUGCCCCCCAUAUGCACAUCAUAAGUAACAUCUGGAUGUUAAUGUAGCAGAAAUAUUGAUGAUGUAAUCUGUUUGUUUUCUGGAUUUCAUCAGCAGAUCCUCAGUUUAAAAAUAUGAAAACAUUUGAGAUGCACAGGAUAUUGUUUGGAUAGGCUUCAGUUUUGCAUCUGUAAUUUCCUUUAUCAGUGUUGUCCCAAGAGAACCAAAAUACAAAAUGGUUUUUUGUCUUGCCAAGUGCUGAGAGCUCUAAAUUUGGGAGAGGUUUCAGGAAUACAGUAAUGGCACUACAUAUAAA